AUGAACUCUGCCAAGAACUUGCUCUACUUGGUGCAUUUCGAGCCCGAAAGUCAAGCGAAGCUCCGCAAGAUGCUGGAGUUUUGCUUCUUGGAGGCGGCCGCGUGGGCCUCCCCUCCGACGACGCCCUACGUGAAACAUGGCGACUUGGACAUACUGCCUGAGGAGUACAAGGAGGCAGCCUUCAUUUUGCGUGCCAAGCCACCGGAGAACAUCUCCCCCCGACCUGUCUUGCUGUACCUCAGGGAGAUUUGUGACCAGCUCUUUGACCCCGACUUGGCCACCACACAUGCAGGGUCUGAAAAGAUGGACAAGAUUUCCAUCAUCAGAAGGUUCCACCGCAAUAUGGAGGACGAAUUACACAACCUGUUUGCCAAGUUCGACUUCCUUCUGAUGUUUCGUGAGAACUUUGUCACCAAUCAGUUUCGAUGGAUGCUAGAGACGGUGAUCUUUGUCUAUGUGGUGCUUUAUCCCUGGUGUGUGGGCGCCCCCAGUGUCCGGGGCCGAAAACGGAAGGAAUUGGCCGAAAUCCUUCUGGGUGGUGCCAGAAACGCAGCGCAAUCCAGUGAGAAAGAUGAUGCAGAUGUGGGCAUGGCUUGCGUCUUCUACGGCCUGAAUGCUCUCACGGAGCAAUUGGAGGAUGAAACACCUCCGUCGAUGGGUCAACAGCUGCGACUGCAGUCUUGGCUUUUUGACCCCACAGCAUCCACGGCAGCCGGCCGGCGGCAUCAGCCGGAUGGGCCCACCAAAAGGGCGCUCCUGUUCUGUGCGCAGAGCAGUCGAAUCAAGGAAGACCGAAACGAAGCAGUGAAU